AUGCCUUCUCAGUCCCAGAUGAGGUCACUCUUUGGCCUUCCCCUGGAACUGCGGGAGCAAAUCUACGAGAGCGUCCUUCUAACAUCAAAAGACGACUUCCAACUUCUACAGACCUGUCGAGCAAUUCAUGAUGAGGCCUACCAAUUCCUUUUCAAGCGGCCAUUGACUUUCAAGUCUCAGGGGGCAUUGUUACGAUGGGCAAAAUCGGUCGGCACCGAGCACCUACAUUAUGUUACCACCAUGACAUUGUGCCUUGUCGACGUAGAUCAAUCGGCGCCCGCGUCACAACAGGAGAUCGACCAUUCAUCAACAGACAUUGAAUGGGGCGCGUACGAAAGAGAAUUGCAAGCUAUAUCCACGAUCAUGACAAGAUUACCCAACAUCAAAGCUUUGAGUCUCACAAGUCCCCGAAUCAUCCGACCGAGCAAGCUUUUUCUGGAAUUUGAGAACCACGUCUUAAACACAUUAGGACAGCAUUUCGCAAACUUGAUGUCUUUAGCCUGGUAUGGAGACCAUCAGUCAAUGCAAUUCGUUGCUUCGCUGCAUAAUCUCCGCUCGUUGCGGUUCACAGGUUUCGCUCAAAGUUCGCCUCACGAGCUGGCGAAGAUUCUAUCAGGUCUUCAUCACUUGCACGAUAUACAGAUUGGCCCCUGCUCUUUCGAGACUACACACGGCAGCCGUAUCCCUCCCACAGGCUCCUGCCAUAUCGGUCGCUCCUUCACCUCGAACCUUCUAGAACACAUCAACAACUUGCGUUCAAUUUCGUUCCAUGAGUGCGCUCUAUGGUCCGAUGCGCCCUACACCUUCUUUACCAAAGAUUAUAUUGAUGCUGUCAAGCACCACCACAAUCACUCCAUACAAUCUGUGAAGAUCAAUCUGGAUUUUCCUCCUACAGCUGACAGUUUGGCUGCGUUGCAAGAUCUUCUUUUUCGUUCGAGUGUUACACAUUUCGGCAUUGGAUGGCCAGGAAUGGAUCCUGAACUCCUGAGUGUGUUGAUGUUCCCGGCAUUGGAACUUCUGGAAGUUUACACGGAUUCGCCUCGCUCGACUGUUCGGAUCAUGCAGCUGAUAUCGCGCCAAAGAACGAGAGCUCCGAACCUCAAAAGACUUAUGCUCAUAAUCAGGCCACCAGUGCUUUCAGUUCGUGAAAGUGAGCAAGUUCCAAUAGCGUCGACCACAAACACGAAGGAUGGACACCGGAGAGACAGUCACAGCGAGACGCAACGCGAUACGGUCUGCCCAAACCUUGAAGAGAUGCGCGAGGAAUUAUCAUUGUUGGGCAUACAAGCAUUCCAUGUCCAAUCUGUAUGA